ACUCUGGUGGCACCCAAUGUGUGUGAAUUGUGCUUGAUUGACCAUUGAUCACAGCUGGGCACAUGGCGUUGGUUUUCCUGAGUGUUUUUGUUCACUUUCAGCCAGUGAAGAUGGGGGUUGGUGCCCAAUUGCUUUGUGUGAGGUGUUUGUACAAGCUGAUUAAUGGCUGUGACGUUAGUGUAGGUUUCUUGCAGUCUAAGUUUAUCACUGCUUAGUUGAUUGGGAAUAAAUUCCAUGUGCAGUGUGUGCGUGUGUUUUAAAGUUGCAAGUAAGCAAAGAUCUGACUGUGUGACAAACACUGGAGAAACUCAGCCGGUGGAGAGAAACAGCUAACAGUUCAAAUCUGGUAUGAUUCUUCUGACUGCUACUAGCUUUAAUCCUGAUGAGCAGUGAGAUUUAACACCUGAGUAUGACGGCUCCCUCAAUGGCUCCGCUAGUUCGGACAGGAGGGGUGACUGAGGUUCAGUUUGGACCAAUGAAGAUCCACCAGGAUCCCAUUCAGGUACUUCUCGUGUUUGCCAAGGAAGAUAGCCAGAGUGCUGGAUUCUGGUGGGCAUGUGACAGGGCAGGGUACAAGUGCAAUGUGGCACAGACACCAGAGGCUGCACUGGAAUGUUUCUUAGACAAGGAUCACGAGAUCGUCAUCAUAGAUAAUAGACAUUCCACAUAUUUUGAUGCAGAGGCACUGUGUCGAUCCAUCAGAGCAACAAAAUCGUCGGAAAAUGCUGUCAUUGUUGCUGUUGCAAAACGACCACAAGGGGAUCAUAAGGAGAUUUCCGUGAUGCCACUGAUUGCUGCAGGCUUCUCACGGUGGUACAUUGAAAACCCCAGUAUCAUUGCCUGUUACAAUGAACUGAUCCAGCUGGAAUUCGGAGAAGUGCGUGCACAGUUCAAGCUAAGGGCAUGUAGUGCAAUCAUCACAGCUUUGGAGCAAAGUCAAGAAUUAAUAGAAAUCACGAGUGAAGAUAAUAUUAUUCAGUAUGUGAAUCCUGCAUUUGAAGUAAUGAUGGGUUACAAGCGAGAGGAAUUGAUAGGGAAGGAACAAACGGAAGUGCCUAAAAGUGAUAAAAACAAAGCCGAUCUUCUAGACACAAUCAACUCCUAUAUGAAGAAAGGAAAGGAGUGGCAAGGAAUGUACUAUGGCAGAAAACGAAAUGGUGACAGUGUACAACAAGAUGUAAAAAUAACUCCUGUCAUAGGUCAAGGAGGGAAAAUUAGACACUAUGUGUCUAUUAAACGACCGUGUAAUGAAAACAAGAGUGACAAAUCUCACUUAUGUGAUCGUGUUCAGGCUGAAUCCCAAACAGACAUCCACACUUGUAAACACAAAGACAGGAGGAAAAGUUCCGAUGUCAGAUCCAACACAUCACGAGGGAGUGAUGGUAGUUCCCAGCCCAGAAGAUCCUCUAUUGCUAGAAUACAUUCCAUGACCAUUGAAGCUCCCAUUACCAAGGUAAUAAAUAUCAUAAAUGUUGCGCAAGAGAGCAGCUCUGAGCCAGUGGCUGAAGCUUUGGAUCGUGUGCUGGAAAUUCUCCGAACGACAGAGCUAUAUUCUCCGCAGCUUGGAAGCAAGGAAGAUGAUCCACAUGCUAGUGACCUAGUCGAUGGGCUGAUGUCUGAUGGUUUACGGAGACUGUCUGGAAAUGAAUACAUCUUCACCAAAAAUGCUCACACUAUUCACACUCACUCUCAUAUUCCUGUCUCACUGCAUGAUAUCCCUCCAAGGAUAACUGAAACCAUGGAGAAUGAGGACUGCUGGGACUUUGACAUAUUUGAAUUGGAGGCUGCAACUCACAAAAGGCCUCUGGUCUACCUUGGGCUGAAAACAUUUUCACGCUUUGGAGUCUGUGAAUUUUUAAACUGUUCCGAAUCAGUAUUACGUUCCUGGUUACAAGUUAUUGAAGCAAAUUACCACUCCUCGAAUUCUUACCACAAUUCAACACAUUCUGCUGAUGUACUGCAUGCAACUGCUUAUUUCCUUUGUAAGGAAAGAGUUAAGCAAAGUUUGGACCGGACUGAUGAGGUGGCAGCUCUUAUUGCAGCCACAGUGCAUGAUGUUGAUCACCCUGGCAGAACAAACUCAUUCCUGUGCAAUGCAGGCAGUGAGUUGGCACUCCUUUACAAUGACACAGCCGUGCUGGAGAGUCACCAUGCAGCAUUGGCAUUUCAGCUGACCACACGUGAUGAUAAAUGUAACAUCUUCAAGAACAUGGAAAGGAAUGAAUAUCGGACACUCCGACAAGCUAUCAUAGAUAUGGUCCUUGCGACAGAGAUGACAAAACACUUUGAACAUGUCAACAAGUUUGUAAACAGCAUCAACAAACCUUUGGCUGGACUGGACGAUAACGGUUCUGGGAAUGGUGGCAUCAAUGAAGAUUCAUGUAAUACCAUCCUCACAUCUCCUGAAAAUCGAACUCUGAUCAAACGCAUGUUAAUAAAAUGUGCAGAUAUCUCCAAUCCCUGCCGACCCUUAGAUCUCUGUAUUGAGUGGGCUGCACGUAUUUCAGAGGAGUAUUUUGCUCAGACUGACGAGGAGAAACGACAAGGGUUACCUGUAGUCAUGCCAGUGUUUGAUAGAAACACUUGCAGCAUCCCCAAGUCUCAAAUUUCCUUCAUCGAUUACUUUGUUACGGAUAUGUUUGAUGCCUGGGAUGUGUUUGCUGACCUGCCCAACUUGAUCCAGUACUUGUCGAUUAAUUUCAAAUAUUGGAAGUGUCUGGAUGAACAGAAGCUGCAUUCUCUCCGUCCUCCUGAGCCAUGAAUGGGCUGUGACCAGGCCAGAUGUAUUGUCAGACUCAUUGCCAUUUGUACAAGUCAUGCAUUGCUUGCCAUCGGAUUUCUUCAAAAUGAGGCAGUCAAGCAUGACAUCCCAAGGGAAACAUGAAAGCAGGACGCUUUGCUCUAACUUGGCAGUCUGUUUUCAGAAUUUUUUACACUGGAUAGAUACUGUGCAAUCCUGCUCCAGUGUAAAGCUCCCAGCAGGACUGAUGAGAAAAAAUAGUUUGUGUGAUCCUCACAAUCAGCUGCUGCAGAACACCAUUGCACAUUUUUAAAAACUCACUUUAACAGUGUAUCUGCUUUCUUUGUGUUGGGACUGUAUUAGGUAUCUGUACUUCAUCAUGGAACAGUGUGUGUCAGAGAUCUGUCUCGUCACCUGCACAGAGACCCCACAAAUCAAAUCAGUACCACCAAAAAAUGCAAGACAUGAAGGAAACCUCAGCAUUUAGUGAAAUGUAUCUUGUUUAUUUUUAAGACCUAUUGAAAAGAAGCACUCCCUCCUUCCUGAGCACUACUGAAUCUGGUUUAUAAGUUUGAAGAAAAAAAAUCUAUAUGUGAAUCUAGGUGCAAAUGUUUAAAACAAAAGCUUUUCAAACAUGAUCAUUAACUAUUAUGAUUUAGAUGAUCUUUAUUUAUUUUGUUAGAUGUUUAAUAUUUUCUAUGAAUUUAUAUAAAUGCUAAAAGAAACCAAAGCCAACUUUCGAAUAAUAACAUAAAUUGACAUGAUUCAGAUGUGUUGAUGUACAGACCUUUUUAUUUUCAUAAUACAAAUACAGAACCUUCUAGAACAAACUUUUUUUCAUUGAUCUAUAUGGAUAGAAGUAUCUGUUUAGUUGUAUGUUAAUGGGGGUUUACAUUAUGGGAGGGCAUUGCUCCUGCAAACCACCUGAGCUCCAUCAAUGUUUUAUCCUUUGUACUUUUGAAACCUGAAGUUAUCGGUUACCCUCUUAAGUCAUUGGGCCCUUUAUAAAAACCAUCAGACUACAGUGGGCAUUAUUUACACCAGGGCUUCUAUUGGCUUCAGCAAUUACUUUCUUCACCAAUUUUGUUUAAAUAUUAUCCUUUCCCUGGUGUAUUUCCCAUUUCUGCCUCAUUUUAUAAAAUAUUCCAAGUUUUUAUGUAUUAGCAAUGUGAAUCCCGUCUUUGGCUACUAGUUGCUGAUUAAACAAUCGACCCAUUAUUUUACCCUUUUCCUCACAUUCUGUGGCCAAUUAGUUGUGCUUUACUUGUAUCUCACUUUUAAACCCAAGUGGUUUGGAAAUUCACAUCCCUCUGCCAUGUGGAAAUUGCAAUGCUUGCCAGGCAUUUGGUUUGCUACUUGAGGUACAAGGAUUUUGCACAGGUCUGGAGAAGAUUCAGGAAGUAGAAAUGAAGAAUUUGCAUUUGUAUAGAGCUUUUAUCAGUACUAGGAAGUAACUUAAGCCUUUUCACGUUGGAUUGCUUUUGUAACGCAAUGAUCAGGUAUUUUGUGCACAGCAGGUGGUCACAAGCUACAAACGUGAGAAACAUAGAAAGUAGGAGCAGGAGGCAGCCAUUAGUCCCUUGGAAUUUGUUCUGCCAUUCAUCAUGUUCAUGGCUGAUCCUCCAACUCAACAGCCAAGUCCUGCUUUCUCUCUCUCCAUAAACUUUGAUCCCAUUCACUCAAGUGCUAUAUCUAGUCACGUCUUGAAUACUUUGUGUUUUGACAUCAACUACUUCAUGUGGUCAUGAGUUCCACAGACUCACCACUGUUUGAGUGAAGAAAUGUCUCCUCAUCUCCACCCUAAAUUGUCUAUUUCGAAUCCUCAGAUUAUGACCCCUGGUUCUGGACACACCCACCAUUGGGAACAUCCUCAAUCUGUUUUUAGCAUUGUUAUCAGAUAUAGAUAUAGAUGAGAACAAUGGAGACAACUCACCUGCUCUUUUUGGAAUAGCAGCUAUGGGAGUGGUGACCUGAGAUGGCAGAUGGGUCCUUGAUGCAACAUCUCAUUUAAAUCAUGGCACUUCUGACAGUGCUGCAACACUUUCCGCUUAGACCUGAAGUGUCAGUCUGAAGUAUGAACUCAAGUCUCUGGAGUGAGGUAUGAAAACACAAUCUUCUGACCCAGGUGUAAAUGAGAUCUUUGAAUCACAGUGGCCUUAAAAUUACUGAGCUCCAUUUCUCCUAUGGGUGUUUCUGCUUGACUGUAGUGGCACUGAUCACUGCCAUGACGGGAGUUUCAGUAAAACCUCCCAACUGUGAGAUGGCAACAUUUCCACACGUGUGUUUGACAACUUCAUGCUGGAAUUCUGCAUCCAGUCAUGUGGUAUGGAGCAGUAAAAAGCCAGAGAUUUGAAGGCUACAGGCAAUUCAGCUUCAGGUCGUGGUAAAACACCCGUUGGCCAACAAUAAGAUGCACCAUUUUCCAUGUUCUGUUUCUCUAAUAAAUUGGAUGCUACAUUAUUUUAAUACUUGUAAAAGCCAUCAGAGAAAUUGAUAUUUGCUGCACAGGAGCUGGAUUUUUCUUAAUUUAUUUGAAUAUUGUCAGGGUGUGCCAAAGUAGCUGUCCCCACAACAGUCCAACUCCUGGCAUGCACGUAACUGAGCAGUUCCUCUUGUUUUAUUAGUAUUGGGCACAUUCUGACAUGUUAAGGGAAAUUGGGAGCUGCAAGUGCAGGAUUAGCAUUGGUGCCAGUUGCACUAGUAUUAUUUAGAUGGUAAUCCGAGAACAGGAACAGGCCAUUCUGCCCUUCAGAACUGUUCUCUUGAUGAAAACAAUAGGUCAUGACUGUCAUGACAGUUAGGUCAUGACUGAACUCAUGGAAAAAUUUCUGACAAUUCCACAAAUUUUGCCCUUCGUAAGAUGUGUUUACCUACUUGAUUUUCAAUGUCUCUAGCUCCCUGCCUUGUGCAAAUGCCCUCAAGCUCUUUGAAGUCAGAAAUUGAAUGUGGUUUUAUUCCUGUAUGGUUGCUAGUUAGGGUUAGGGUUAAUGAUUAUGCUUGAUUUGGCUCAAUGAUUAUGCAGAGGAUCCUAAGCUAAUUUGUCAGUAACUCCAGGCAGCAGUUUGAUUUUUCUCUAAGCUAACUACCAAGAAACCUUAGCUAGCAUUCCUGUUGACUCCUCCCACUCUUAGCUGUGAAGUGCACUAACUGGUGACAGUUACAGUGCCUUCAGUUUUAAUCAGUUUUUUAACAUGAAUAUUUAUCUUGGACAAUCGAUUUACUGAACCAUUAUGGCCCUUAAUUAAACAUGAAGGGAUAAAGGAAUUAGGAGCAUUCAGCUUCUUAAGCCAGCUCAUCUGUUCAAUAAAAUUGUGACUGAUCUGAUCGUGGCCUCAAUUUGACAUUGCUGCCUGCCUCAAAACCUCACUCAAAAGUUAAUUAAGAAACUGAAAGUUUUGAGAAUCUGGAAUCUUAGUGAGCAGGAUUGUUGGCAGAUGAAAGUUUUUUUUUAAAAGUUAGCAUGCUUAUUUUCAGAUCUCCACAAGGCCUUAUUCAGAGCUACCUCAGUACCUCUGUCAGUCCUCCCUCAGCUAUCAUUAGAGAUUUCUUUCUCUCUGUCCGAUUGUUCCCUACCUAUUCAUUCUGCCCUGUGAAAGUUUCCUCUCACCUCUCCACUGUGCCGUUCCCAACCCUUCAAAAACCUUAUUCAACCUUCUCUGUGAGCUUGCCUUCAUUAUUUUUAUGCUCCACUUCAAUACUUCCUCCUGUUCCCCCUCCUUUUAAUGUAAUUGUGAGGAAUCUUUCUGCCCCCUGAAGGGCAGUAUUAAAAAAGCACAUUGUGAUGGAUCUGUAGAUGAUAAUUCAAGGGAGUUGAAUUCCAUAAUGUCUGUGUCCUGGUCCUAAGGUUACAUCAGACCAUCUUGUCUUGUCUUUUGUGAUAAACAAGUGAGAUUUCUAUUUCAGAUUUACCUUUUGACAUCUUGGGAAAUAAUGUUAACCUGCUGAACAUAGACUGGCAGAGAAAGCUGUUCCUCAUCCUGAGUUUGUCUCUGAUCUCCCACCCGCACUUAUCCACAAAUCAAUUGCAUGUUUCUUAAAAUGAAAUUGAUGUACUUAAAAUCUCCCAUUUUGAACGAACUUAAAGUUGAGAGUACUUGCCAACGUAAUCCUUUACGCCUUAAUAUCCUGAGGUUUUGACUUCUUAAUAACCCCUCAGUAAAUCAUAUACCGCUUUGCUUUAGAGAAUCUACGCCUGGGUGUCUGUUCCUGAACUAUCAUAGUCACGUUUGACAUACCAGCUGAAUUCUGCAGUUUAUCUGGACAAAGUUUUUUUUUCAGAAAACCUUGAGUUUCUGAAACUCUUCCUCUUUUAAUUUAUUUGUUGCGUUAUUUUAAGUAAAUUGGCCAUUUAUCAGAACCCAUGCCCAAUUUUGCUUCAAUUGAAAAUGUUUUCUGCCUAAGGCAACAUGGUCAUUUUUCCUUCCAUUAAUUUUAGGAUUCCUAAAUUAUUAUUGAAUCCCUUGCCUUUGACUCUCCCUAUAUUGAGUGGGGAUGAAAAUUGAAAUAACUCCACAUUUCAGUUAGCUGAAUCUGCAGACUUGUAAAUAUACAUUCCACAAUGUGUUUUAAUAGAACUCUGAAAAUAAUGUGACUGAAAGUGGCAGGAAGCAAAGAUUUCACUAAUUCCAAAACUAACAUUAAUAGCUGUCAUGCUGAUUACAGAAUUGGUUUGUAUCUGGCACUUGCUGCUGGAAGCCACAUUCAGUUUUCCCAGCGUAAUGUUUCUAGGGAGCCCAUGGCUUUCUGUAAUAGUUUUACUGUCUCUGACCUGAAAGAGACAAGUUCUUGGUACCACUCAAAACAUUUCUCAAAAGCAAAUCACUUGUAUAUGGUUUCAUCAGUAAUUUUUAUUCAGUAAAUCAAAAAGUUAAGUAUCAAUUGCAUUUAAAAUGUUGAACAUUAAUGGGAGAUAAAUGUUGUACAGCCUGUGUUUUUCCCUUUUGUUCAUUUCUUUUUGUCUGUUUUUCUCCAUCUCAUCUCUAUCCCUGACUUUGUCUCCCCCUCUGUCUAUCAAUGUUAUUUCUUUAUCAGCCUCUAUAGAGGGAGUUCUUUAUUUUUCACUGAUCCAUUUUGUUUCUGUAGGUGAACAACUGGCAUAUUACAUGUGCAAACUCAACUGGGAAAGGUAGGUGUCCUGCAAGUUUCUGUUGAAGAGCUUGCCUGAGAAGGAAUGAAUUCUUGAAGUUCAUCCUAUUCCGCAAUUAAUCUUAUUCUUUAAGCCACUUGCUACGCAGCUGAUUAUUCUGGAAUUGUAAGCCGUGAAAUCCUCGAAUGUAAAUGACCUUUAACAGACCGUGUACCAUUUGCAUUGUGAAUUGAUUUAACCUAUGGCUGCAAGGUUCUGUGGAACACUUCCAAUUUAGCCAGAGCCCGUCUGAAAACACAACAGACUGUACUGUGACUGAAGCCUCAAUUUCAAUGAGUUUUCUUAUUUGAACAAUAUACUUUAUAUGCAUACAUAGCCACUAAAAGAGUUAAGUUCUGUAAAGUUUUUGCGUAUGGAGAAUCAAACAAAUAUUGAAGUUUAACUUUCCUGACAGUUCCAAUAAACUAACCAAAACACAUUUCAUGUGUGGUGCACUUGAACAAGAACCAGAUGGCAGCAUCCAGACUCAUGAACCCAGGGCUCAUCCAGUUUUUUUUGGUCUUUUCUCUUUUUCAGUUUUUGCUUUUACUUCAAGACAGAGCUCAGUAAUGGCAGCGAUGGGGGUAAUGAUGAGGUAGGCAGCUUUGGGGUAUCGAGCAUCGUGCUGGCUGACGGGGCCCAGAGCAUGACUGUGGCAGACAGUAUCAAAGAGAUGACUGGUGGACCAGGAGUUGGGACACUUGGAUGGUAGGUCUGGAGCAGGACCCUGGCAGCCAGUAUUGAGGAGGGGCAAGCACAGGACCUGGUAUCAGCUGCUGCAUUGGCAAAGGUGAGGUAAAGACAGUGUGAAAGAUGGCAACUAAGGCGUGGCCACUUUGACAUUAGUUGGGUCUAGCACAGGCAACUUCAAAGCAGUGGCAGAAAGGUUAUGGACUCUCUUUAAGCUGUAUCUUUUUAAGAUCAUUCUUAAGCUC